UCCCUGGAAAGAAUUUUCAACAUGGUGAUUGAAAGUACGUUUGAGAAAAGAUGUCAGAAUGUUGAACCUCCACAAGAGUUAUCAUUUAUGACAGCCAGCAUUUCAACUGUUUUCAUGCUUACCAAUAUCCCGGGCAAUAUUCUUAUUUUCUUGGCUGUUGUACUUGAUCCAAACAAAAACUUACGAACUCCAUUUAACUGGUUAAUUAUCAAUCUAUCAGCGGCCGAUUUAAUCGUUGGCAUCAUCGCAGAACCUUUCUUUGUAUAUUUUCAUAUCAAAGAAGGACUUGGGAAAAAAGAAGCUCUUGAAGAACGUUAUGCGGGUGGAAUAUUUUACUUCAUCUCAUGCACUGCUUCGAUCCUCAGUCUUACAAGUUUGGCGGUUGAACGAUAUCUCGCUGUGAGAAGACCAAGUACCUACCGAAGUCUUCCAGAUUCAGAAGUGCUUUUGCUAAAUUGCUACGAAUCAAUCAUCAGCCUGAUGAUGGACAUCGCAAAAAUUAAUGUUUAUGAAAUUUGA